AGAGUAACCACGGAAUGCCAUUAAUUAUGUACAAAUUUCUAUUAGUCACUUCAAUAUUCUUAAUCGUUUCCGGGCUAAUAUUAACUGCGUUCUCGUUGUUUAGUCCUCUUUGGGAAGUAGUUGAUUUUCCUCGUUCUCAUUUAUCACAUCAUCACGGUCUUUGGUGGGAUUGUAUUGUACAUCAUGAAACUUUAAUUCCGUUACAUGAAGAUCAAGCAGAACUUCGAGGUGAUCGAUGUGAUAGUAAGAUGGAUUCUUCGGUUCAAGCAUCAUUAAGAGUUGCUCUUGAAAAAGGAGAUGAAGAGGCCAGAGAGCUUUUGUUACAUCGGUUUCUACCUCAUCACAAAGGUGUAAUUUUCUUCGCAGUUUUCACUUUUGUUUUCGGACUAAUCUCCAUCCUGAUUGGCUCCUGUUCUCCAUGUUUUCCACCAAAUGCACUACUUUAUGUAGUUGGUGUCUUUAUGACCGGAGCAUGUUCUUUAUUAGCAGAUAUUAUCUACAUAUUUGCUUUUAAUCAGAAACCAAUUUUUACAAAAGAACAAUCUGAGCCACACCAAGAAGUUUUAUCGAGAAGAGAACGAGGAUCCAUUGGACCCAUUUAUAAGCGUCUUGGCAUUGCAACGUACAUGCAUAUGUUUGGUUCCAUGCUAUUAAUUGCUGCAUUCAUCUUUUCAAUUUUUUGUGCCUACUUCCUCAUCACUUCAAAACAUGCACACGACGUUUGUUGCACAAGUCGAAAAGAGUACAGAGAGCAGACAAAAUGGAAAAACAAUGGGCUAAUUCUAAAAACUGGAAGAGUAAAUCAUCAAUCACAUCGGCCAUUUGUAGUGAUUGACGAUGACAGCAGUAUGUGAACUGAUAUGCUCUCAAUUUAAAAAUUCUGUGAUUUGAUCUCUUUAUUUUGAAAUACGGGUUUUUAACAAUUUGAUCUUAAUAAUGAAUGUAAAUAAUGUUCAAUUAAUAAAUGUAAAACAAGAA